CCGUCUCCUUCUCUACGUAAACAAAAUCCAGAUUUUUCUGACACGACGAAAGGGGAAGAAAAAUCUCUCUCUCUCUAUCUCUAUCUCCCCUUUCUUCUCCCUACGAUCUCCCUCUUUUCCUCCCCCGUUCCACCCACCCAGUGUGGUGCAAUGGCCGACAGGAAAUUGAUGGUGAUGAACUGGGACGGGUUGGGAGACGAUGACGACCAAUUCUUCGAGUCCUUCGAUCGGAUGUCCACCGUCCUGGCAAUGGACAUGGCCUCUUCUGGUUCCGAUGACGACGAGGACGAAGACUACGACGACAACCGCAUGUCCUUUGCGUCAUGUAUUUCAGCUCCACCAGAGGAAUUCCGCGGCUUCACCACUGCAGCGGCACCCAGCAGAAGAAUCUCCAAAAUGUCUGAAGACUACGAUAUGUGGAUGGCCGAACCAGGUUCCAUCAAGGAGCGCCGCAAGAAGCUUCUCCAAGGCAUGGGUUUGGCCGGCGCCGCCUCUAUAAAACCCGGCGUUUCUCUAACCAAGGUCGCCACCACAGAAAUAGAACAACAAGAACAAAAGCAAAUAGAACCUUCACCUUCUCCUUUGGCUCGUACAUUGAUUGUUCGAUCAAGAUCAGAUGGAAAUGUGGCAUCUUCCUUCAUGAUUGCCCAGCAAAGAAUGGAGGAACUUCUUGGUAUUUCAUCGAAGCAUCAUCUUCUCCGAACCAAUUCCGGGUUUUCAUCGUCAAGAGACCGCAAGUCGCAGUUACGGAGCCCUAACUCUGUUAAUCUUACUCUUGAUCGAUGUGGAAGACGUGCAGAUGCAUCGCUGUCAUCUAGGACAUUUAAUGGGAAAGGUAGUAGGUUUUUUGUGAUAAAGAAUCUGGACACAGGAAAGGAAUUCAUUGUCAAUGAAUUUGAUGAUGAGGGUAUGUGGAACAGAGUCAGUGAUCUUCAAACAGGGAAGCAAUUGAGCAGAGAGGAAUUCGAGAAGAGUGUGGGGUUUUCCCCAAUCGUUAAGGAGUUGAUGCGGAGAGAAAAUGUGCGUAGAGAUCCCACAUUGGCAGUCACUGAGAGGAAGGCCAGUAUGAAUCUACAGAAUCUAAAUCCCAUAAUUGGAAGGAGUUUGAGAAAGAGCAAGAGAAGAGGAGCUGCAUGGUUGAAGAACAUAAAGGGUGUCGCCAAUUCGGUAACUGGACGAAUCGGUGACAUGGACCAAAGGUCGAUGAAGAACUCAUCACAGUGGACCAAAGUCCGUCAACAAGGGAAAUCAUACAAGGAGCUCACAGGUUUAUAUAUGUCCCAAGAAAUCCAAGCUCAUCAGGGCUCGAUUUGGACAAUGAGGUUUAGCUUUGAUGCUCAUUACCUUGCGAGCGCAGGAGAAGAUCGUGUGAUUCAUGUGUGGGAAGUGAUCGAUUGUGAUGUGAUGUCGUCAGCUUCGAGGUCGCCAGAAGAAGGGAGUAAUACUUGUUCCACCCCAAUCCAUCCCAUGGCGUCUGCAAUUGUUUCCAACCAACAAGAUCGACCACCUCUUGAAGAGGCUCAGGUGAUGUCAUCGGAGAAGAAGAGGAAAGGGAAAUUAUUGUCCAGCAGCAAGAAGGGUGCAAUCCCUGACUACGUGAUGAUGCCAGACACUGUUUUCUCCCUUUCGGAGAGGCCUGUUUGCUCUUUCCAAGGUCAUCUUGAUGAUGUCUUGGAUCUCUCUUGGUCCAAAUCUCAGCAAUUACUUUCUUCUUCCAUGGACAAAACUGUUAGGCUAUGGGACAUGGAAAGCAAGACUUGUUUGAAGCUGUUUGCGCACAAUGAUUAUGUUACUUGUAUACAAUUUAACCCAAUAGAUGAUAGCUACUUCAUCAGUGGUUCAUUGGAUGCAAAGGUUAGAUUAUGGAGUAUACCGGAUCGACAAGUUGUGGACUGGACUGAUCUUCAUGAAAUGGUCACUGCUACUUGCUACACUCCUGAUGGACAGGGUGCAUUGGUAGGUUCACAUACAGGGACUUGUCGUUUGUACAACACAUCCGAAUGUAAAUUAAACCAAAAAGGUCAAAUAGAUCUCCAUACCAAAAAGAAGACUCAAGGGAAAAAGAUUACUGGCUUCGUGUUUGUCCCAACUAAUCCAUCAGAGGUGCUGAUAACCUCUGCCGAUUCACGGAUCCGAAUAUUCGACGGUUCUGAAAUCGUUCACAAAUUUAGAGGUUUCCGCAACACAAGUAGUCAAAUAUCUGCAUCAUUCACUACUGACGGGAAAUAUGUUGUAAGCGCAAGUGAAGAUUCUCAAAUAUAUGUAUGGAGACGAGAUGAAAUAAAAAAUAUAGGUGGUGGAAAAAGCAAAAAGAUUACUACACGGUCUCUCGAGCAAUUCCAUUGCAAAGAUGUUUCAGUUGCAAUUCCAUGGCCUGGAUCUACCAAGUAUGAACCACCGACAGUUCCAUUGCUAUCAAAGAGACACUCAAAACGUUCCAUUUUGCCAUUACUUCCAUCUUCAAGUGCCUCAAGUUCAAUGCUUGAGGAAUAUUCAUCCAUGCUCAACAACAACAAUAGAAAAAAUCUCCCACCUCUUCCUAAGAACAACAACAUAUUAGAGAGAGCAUCAUCGUGCAUAGAUGAGAGGCUUACUAAAGCACCUUCUAGGUUAGACUCGGGCAUUAGUGUGAGCUCUUCAUUUAGUUCAGAUUCUGGUUAUUUGAAGUAUGGUGAUUCACCUUCCAGUUUUGCUUUAGGCAAGUUUUCAUCUUCAUCUUCAUCUUCAUCUCUGUCAUGGUUCGACGGUGGCAACAACACUGGGAAUAAUUGCAUACAAGCAACAGCAUGGGGUCUUGUGGUUGUGGCAGCAGGGUUGGGUGGCGAACUUAGAAUAUAUCAAAACUUUGGGCUACCAGUUCGGUUAAGUCGUCAAAGCAAUCUCUUUAAAGACCAUUCAUAACAUCUUUAAUAGAAAUGAGCG